ACACUGCCACUGCCUGCGGGGUGGUUCGUGUUCCUUGCUACCACUGCAGUGCAGGCAGGAGUAGGACGGCACGUCCGCACGCGGAGCCGGAGCACAAGCAGACCACGACACAGGUCGAUCGAUCGUUCCGAUGGCCCUCCGCGACGGCACCACCAACCUCUCCAUCUCCGGCGCCGCCCUCGCCGCGCUCCUCCACCGCUGCGCCGCCGCCACCGGCGACUGCGACGGCCUCCUCUUCGGCCGCGCCUCCCACCUCCCCGCACCGCCCGCCGCCCUCUCCGACUACGACGACCUCGCCGCCGCCCCGCGCGACCCCGCGCUCACCAUCUCCGUCUCGGGCCACUGCUCCCUCUCCCACCCAUCCUCCCUCUCAGAUCCCCUCGGCCGAUUCCAUCCCCCCUCCUCGGAUCACUCCUCCGUGCCAGCGCCCGCCGCCGUCGGCUUCUUCUCCUCCCGCCGCCGCACCGCGCUCCGCCCCUCCAUGCGCGAGCUCGCCCUCGCCCACUCCCUCUCCAAGACCCUACAAGGACGCACCACCGCCCACCCCCUCCUCUUCAUCCUCGUCUCCCCAUCCGCCUCCCCCAACUUCUCCACCCACUCCUACGACUACCGCGCCUUCCUCCUCCUCGCCUCCCGCCUCGUCCCGGCCUCGCUCACCGUCGUCAACGUCGGCCCCGGAUUCAGGGACCAGUACCACGCCUUCUCCCCAGAGUCUCCCAUGCCCUGCCUGCCAUCCUCGCCUGCGGCCGCAGGUUAUGCUCACACCAUCGGAGAGCAGAAGGCGGUCGAUGAAAUGGUCGACGGGUUUGGGAUCGGGAGGCUGCAAGGCCUCCUGGGCUCUGCGGCAGGGCAGGCGGCGGAGAUGGAUGACAUGUAUGCAGGGAUGCUCAGGAAGCUGGAGAAGCUUGCCACGGAGGUGGAGAAGACCAAUAUCCGUGUUCUCGAGCAGGAAAAUCGGAACCUGCUGCUGAGGUUCAGAUGUGCAGGAAUGGAAUAGGACCAAAGUGUUUCUUGGUGUUAUUAAGGGUUACUAAUGCUAUGCUCUACUAGGGACUAAGGAUGGUGGAGUGUGUGUGGAGAGCAUGUGUUUGUGUGGAAGAAGGUGCAUGGCGGGAGCAAGAUGAGUCGGACAGAAACGGUUUUGUGUAUGGUGGUGGCGGCGUCGUUGAUGGGAGCAGGUUGGUGUAAGUAAGUUUGAUGCAUGAAGCAUCAGCGUUAUAUAAGAGUUGAGUAAUGUAAUGCAAUGCAAUCCUUGUUGGAGCUUUCCUAUCAGUCGUUGCUGAAGAAUUGGAAAGGAAAAGAGCUUUAGUUUGCUCACUCCA